GGGGUGCUUGGUAGGUGAGGAGGGGAGGGGAUUGCAAAAGGAGGGGCUCAGGGAAAGGAGGAGGCUUGGAGAGGGAAAUGGGGACUGAGUUGAGGAGGGACCCAAGGAUACUGGGGGGCUCAGAUGGAGGAGGCCCAGAGAAAGGAAGAGGCUUAGAUGGAGGAGAUGCAGUGAAGGAAAGGGGGUCAGGUGGAGGAGGCUCAGAGAAGGGAAGGGGCUCAGAUGGAGGAGGGGGCCCAGAGAAAGGAAGGGGCUCAGAUGGAGGAGGUGCAGAGAAGGGAAGGGGGUCAGAUGGGGGAGGCCCAGCGAAGGGAAGGGGCUCAGAUGGAGGAGGUGCAGAGAAGGGAAGGGACUCAGAUGGUGGAGGGGGCCCAGAGAAGAGAAGGGGCUCAGAUAGAGGAGGUGCAGAGAAGGGGAGGGGGUCAGAUGGAGGAGGCUCAGAGAAGGGAAGGGGGUCAGAUAGAGGAGGCGCAGAGAAGGGAAGGGGCUCAGAUGGAGGAGGUGCAGAGAAGGGGAGGGGGUCAGAUGGAGGAGGCGCAGAGAAGGGAAGGGAGUCAGAUGGAGGAGGGGGCGCAGAGAAGAGAAGGGGCUCAGAUGGAGGAGGAGGCGCAGAGAAGGGAAGGGGCUCAAGAUGGGAAGGGGGCCCUGGAGGGUCUCGGCUCUGCUUCUGUAAAAGUGGGGGAGUUUUCAGGGUGAAGGAUUGCAGUCUGCAGGCUGGGAUCCCCCGUAAUUUGCAAGCCGGCUUGCUCUGUGCCCAGGCCCCAGCCUGGUGUCCUCCCUCUGCCCUUUCGUCCGCUGCUCUCAGGAACCCCGGGGUUAGCACCGUGGUGCUGGGCGCCUAUGACCUGAGGCAGCGGGAGAGGCAGUCCCGCCAGACGUUUUCCAUCAGCAGCAUGAGCGAGAAUGGCUACGACCCCCAGCAGAACCUGAACGACCUGAUGCUGCUUCAGCUGGACCGCGAGGCCAACCUCACCAGCAGCGUGACGAUACUGCCACUGCCUCUGCAGAACGCCACGGUGGAAGCCGGCACCGGAUGCCAGGUGGCCGGCUGGGGGAGCCAGCGCAGUGGAGGGCGUCUCUCCCGUUUUCCCAGGUUUGUCAACGUGACUGUGACCCCCGAGGACCAGUGUCGCCCCAACAACGUGUGCACCGGUGUGCUCACCCGCCGCGGUGGCAUCUGCAAUGGGGACGGGGGCACCCCCCUCGUCUGCGAGGGCCUGGCCCACGGCGUGGCCUCCUUUUCCCUGGGGCCCUGUGGCCGAGGCCCCGACUUCUUCACCCGAGUGGCGCUCUUCCGAGACUGGAUUGAUGGUGUUCUCAACAACCCGGGACCGGGACCCGGGCCAGCCUAGGGGGGCCUGUGACCUCCCACGGAGCCCAGCCCCGCCCUCCACACCUCCGGCGCUCCGCACCCACCUCCCACAGCCCCGCCCCUGCCCCCGCUCCGGCCCGAGGGGCCCUGGCUGUAAUAAAGAAGCCGAUCUCGCCUCUG